AUGCUAAAGAGGACUAGAGGAAAUGGAGGAGUGAAGUUCUUCAAUGGGGUUCGCCAUCAGCGCUGGUUCCGCGGCUGGUUAAUCACGCCUUGCGCGCUGCUGGCCCCGCGCUACUUGAUUGCGCCCUCGUCGCGGGGUCUUUCCGUCUCCUUGGAUGCGGCGAUCGCUUGCUCGCUGCUAUUCAUGCUCUUGACCGCCUUCGUCGACCCUGGCACUGUCCCCAAGGGCUGCUACUGGUUCGAUCUCAUACCACGGGUCUGCAAAUACCGCGGGGACAAGGCCUACUGCCGUCUUUCGUACCCCAGCAGCAGCUCUGUCCAAGAACUGCGCCAAAAAUGGGCCGCGCACACGCGUGUGCAGCCGACGGAAGUCGCAAAAUCCACGGCCUCUUCCCCGGUUGAGAACUUUACUGCCCUGCAAUCAAGCACUUUGUCCCCAGCAAGUCCCACUGCUGCAAGCAUUAAUUUAGGCGACGAUGGGUUAGAGAAAGAUCCCCAUUGGAUUGUCUUUGAGAGAUCAGAAUUAGAACGCUAUACCGCGCGGCGAGACCAACGAGACAUGAUUGAAAUAGCGGGCGACAUAUGUGGCCAGCAAGUGACCUUCAAGUGGUGCUGUGUCUGCGACCAACUACGUCACCCACGGACCAGACAUUGCGCAACCUGCGAUUCGUGUGUCGAUCGAUUCGACCAUCACUGCAUCUGGAUUUCGAGCUGCGUUGGCCUUCGCAACUACCGGUACUUCUUUGGGUUUCUGAUCUCGGCCUUAGUGCUCACCAGCACCUGCAUUGUGGAGUCCUCAAUUAGCCUGUACACAGUUCUGUUGAGAAACGACAAAUGGGCGUUAGAAAGCUUUUCCAAGUAA